AUGGAGAAUCCCAAAGAGUUGUGGGAUAGUCUUAAAGAAAGAUAUGGACACCAUAAAAGGGUGCUCCUGCCAAAGGCUCAAUUUGACUGGACUAAUCUGAGGUUCCAGGAUUUUAAAUGUGUUAGUGAAUAUAAUUCCACGUUAUUCAAAAUUGUAUCAUUGCUGAGAUACUGUGAUCAAGCGGUCACGGAAGAUCAAAUGAUAGAGAAAACCCUAUCCACCUUUCAUGCGAAUAAUAUUCUAUUGCAACAGCAAUACCGAGAGAGGGGCUUUAAGAGAUAUUCUGAGCUGAUUUCUCUAUUGUUGGUUGCUGAACAGAAUAAUGAUCUUCUGUUAAAGAACCAUAAUCUUAGACCAACUGGGUCUAUGGCAUUCAAUGAAGCGAAUGCCGUUGAAAGCCCAAACCCACCUGAGGCAAAUGUUGCCCAUAGAGGUGGACGUAGAAGAUUUAACCACCGCGGUAGAGGACGCGGAAACCACCGUAGCCGUGGUCGUGGUCGUGGCAGGGGUUAUCUGGGCCCUAUAAAUAAUAAUCACAAAGGGCAUCAACAAGGAAAUCAAAAGCACACCCCCUCAAAAGAGAAAGACACAUGUUUUAGAUGUGGCAUGACUGGCCAUUGGGGGAAAACAUGUCGUACUGCAAAACAUUUGGUAGAUCUGUACCAAGCCUCCAUAAAAGGCAAAGGAAAAGUUGCUGAGGCAAAUUAUGUAGAUGAGGAAAAUCCCUCAGGGCCAAGCUUUGAUGUAUCUAAUUUCUUCAAUGAUAACCCUGACAGUGGCAAUGAUCUGAUAUUUGGGGAUAAUAGUAACAUAUAA